AUUCAUCUCUUGGGGUCAUGUUGUCAACCAUUUCCACAACUCCAAUAUUAUCUUUAAUUAAUAAUUUAGCAAAUUUAAUUUAAUUAUAUCUUAAAAUAAUUAACGAAUUAAAUGCUUUCAUAUCUACCCAAAUCCAACCUAACUUUAGACCAACAAAGAAAAAACAUGCUUUGCCUCAACCUAUAAAACCCAAACCCAAUUUUCAUUUCAAAAUUUUCUUGCUUUAUAGGGACAAAGAUUCACAUUGAAAGUUCCUUUCUUUAUUUUCCCACCUAUUGCAAAAUUGCAAUUAAACAAGAUUACAAAAACCCCAUUUUUCAGCUCUUUCUAAAGUUGUUAGCUUUAUCAAUUUUGAGCAUCAAUCAAAUUUCUCCAUUGUGGGUUAGUUUCAUUUUAUCUAUUAAUUAAUGAAAAAGGAGGAAAAUCUUUCUUCUUACUCUUAGAUUUGGUGAAGGAAGGGAAUUUUAUGCAUACCCAUUUUAGCAAUUGAGUUUCUAGAGAGAGAAAGAGUGAGAAUUUAGAGAGAUAAAGUGGGAAUUUAGGGAGAAAGAGUGAGAAGAUGGUGGUGAGAAAAGUGGGGAAGUAUGAGAUAGGAAGAACAAUAGGAGAAGGUACUUUUGCUAAAGUGAAGUUUGCGCAGAACACAGAGACGGGUGAAAGUGUUGCCAUGAAAGUUCUUGAUCGAAGUGCCAUUCUUAAGCAUAAGAUGGUUGAGCAGAUAAAAAGGGAGAUAACCAUAAUGAAACUUGUGAGGCAUCCACAUGUUGUCCGUUUACACGAGGUCCUGGCAAGCCGUACCAAGAUCUAUAUCAUCUUGGAAUAUAUCACGGGAGGUGAAUUGUUUGAUACAAUUGCUCAUCGUGGACGACUCAGUGAGGCGGAAGCUCGCAGAUUUUUCCAACAAUUAAUUGAUGGUGCAGAGUUCUGUCAUAGCAAAGGGGUUUACCAUAGGGAUCUGAAGCCUGAAAAUCUUCUCCUAGAUUCCCAGGGGAAUUUAAAAAUUUCGGAUUUUGGACUAAGUGCCCAACCUCCAGAGGGUGUUAGUCUCCUUAAGACUACGUGUGGGACUCCUAACUACGUGGCUCCGGAGGUUCUUAAUCACAAGGGCUACGAUGGUGCUUUGGCAGAUAUUUGGUCAUGUGGGAUCAUCCUAUAUGUCUUGAUGGCAGGUUAUCUCCCAUUUGACGAACUUGAUCUCACGACAUUAUACAGUAAGAUUGCGAAUGCCGAAUUUUCAUUUCCAUCGUGGUUCUCCAUGGGUGCAAAAUCUUUAAUCAAGCGGAUAUUGGACCCAAAUCCUCAAACCCGUAUUAGGAUGUCUGAGAUUAAAGAUGAUGAAUGGUUCAAAAAAGAUUAUACUCCUGUUAGUUAUAUUGAGUAUGAAGAUGUCAACCUUGAUGACAUAAAUGCUGUUUUUGAUGAGACUGAGAAUCAGCAAGAGUAUCAGCAGCAAGGAAAUGAUGAUGUUGGACCAUUGACUCUCAACGCAUUUGACCUAAUCAUUCUAUCACAAGGAUUAAAUCUCCAAUCCUUGUUUGAUAAAGGCAAGGAUUCAGUGAAACAUCAAACUCGCUUUGUUUCACAGAAGCCAGCAAAAGUUGUUUUAUCAAGUAUGGAAGUAGUUUCCCAAUCAAUGGGUUUCAAGACGCAUAUUCGGAACUAUAAGGUGAGGAUAGAAGGUCUAUCAGCUGGUAAGACUGGAAAUAUCACUGUGAUUCUAGAAGUAUUUGAAGUUGCGCCUACAUUUUUGUUGGUGGAUAUUCAAAAAGUUGCUGGUGAUCUUAACGAGUACCUCAAUUUUUACAAAAACUUUUGUGAAAAUCUAGAAGAUAUAAUUUGGAAGUCUCCUAGUGACUCGGGAAUGUCGAGAAUUGGCAAGAGCAAGACGGGUAGAAAGCGUCCAUAGCCUUUGUCUUACUUCAGAUUGACUAGGGAGGCAUUUGGAUUGUGUUACUGACUGACUUUACAAUCCUGCAUCAACAUCAGUUGUAAUCCAUGAAAGAAAACUCUGUGACGUGGUGCUAAAUAGAGGAUUGAGUAGCAAAUAUCACCUCCAAAUGGUGUUUAUAGAAUUUUCUGUACUACAUUUCGUAGAUUUGUGCAAAGAUUACCUUAUUUAUAUGGUUUUUUGUAUAUCUUGUUGGCUUUGUUUGUUAUUUGAAAGGAAAACGAAUCAAACUUGGCAAGAACACAUGCUAAAUAUGAACUUGUGUGCUUCUAUACAUGUAAUAGUAAGCUGAUAGUCUCAGACUUUUAAUGUAACAAUGUAUUGUAAUUAUUUAAUGUAACAACGUUUUGGAAUUGUAGAGAAUUUAGGCAUUGUUUUCUCACUUAA